AUGGUUGAAACUGUUGAUUUAGUCGUCAUUGGUGCUGGGUGGUUCGGUCUUGGAGCAGCAAAAACAUAUCUUCAAGUCCACCCAGAUGCCAAUUUAGUCGUUCUCGAAGCUGAAUCGUCUGUCGGAGGAGUAUGGAGCUCGAAACGCCUUUACCCAGGUCUGCGGUCCAACAAUCUCGUUGGAACGUACGAAUAUAGCGAUUUCCCAAUGGAUGAAGCUACCUGGGGCGUAAAACCAGGUCAACAUAUUCCGGGCCAAGUAGUUCAUAAAUACUUGACAGCAUAUGCUGAGAAAUUUGGUGUCUUGCGCCGCAUUCGCUUCAACUAUAAAGUGAAGAGUGUUGAGAAGAAUGAGAGGGGUGGCUGGCUACUGUCGCCAGAAGGAGACUCGUCGACGUCAAUCUAUGCGAAGAAAUUGAUUGUUGCAACUGGGGUGACUUCCCAGGCAUUCUUACCUACUUUUGAAGGUCAGAAUUCUUUUGGCGUUCCAUUGUUUCACAGUAAAGACUUCUUGAAGCAUGCCGACACUAUCAAGAAUUCCAAAAGAGUUACUGUUCUUGGUGGUACAAAGUCGGCAUGGGAUGCUGUAUAUGCCUAUGGCACUGAUGGUGUAGAGGUUGACUGGGUGAUUAGAGAAUCUGGCCAUGGCCCUUGCUGGAUGGCACCACCAUACGUAACCCCUCUGAAAAAGUGGCUGGAGAAGUUAGUCCAUACACGAUUCCUGACCUGGCUAUCUCCUUGUGUUUGGGGAGAUGCUGACGGGUAUGGCGGUAUUCGUUCCUGGCUUCACGGCACAUCAAUCGGUCGAUUUCUUGUAGACAAAUUCUGGGGGGUUCUUGGCGGCGACGUGAUAACGCUGAACAAGUACGACUCUCACCCCAAAACGGCGAAACUAAAACCAUGGCACGAUGCGUUCUGGACUGCAAGUGGUCUUAGUAUCUUGAACUACGAGACAGACUUCUUCGAGCUGGUGAAAAGCGACAAGAUAAGGAUCCACAUUGCAGACAUCACAGAAUUGUCCCCCGGAAAGGUUCAUCUUUCUGAUGGUAAUUCAUUCGAAACAGAUGCACUCCUCUGCUCGACUGGGUGGAAACACACAGCUCCAAUGAAAUUUUCUCCUCCCGGCCUUGAAGCUGAGUUAGGCCUCAUGAGCCAAAGAUCAUCAAGUGAAGAGGAAGCCUUGAUCGCUCGAGCCGAUGCCGAGAUCCUCGAGAAGUAUCCUCGACUAGCGAACCGGCCACCAAAGAACAAGAAGUUCGAAGCUCUGACCGAUACGAAUGCCAGAAUACAGAAUGAGGAAAACCUCUCCUCCAUGGGUUUGUAUCGUUUUAUGGUGCCUCCGGAGCCCAGAAUGUUGGCCACACAUGACAUCGCAUUUUCGGGAUAUGUCAUGACUAUCUCGACUUCGAUCCUAGCUCAAGUCCAGGCAUUAUGGAUAACAGCGUAUUUUGAUGGAAAUGUGUUGCCUUUUGAUACCACAAUUAGUUCGUCGGCUGAAUUGGAGAAAGAGAUCGCUGCAAUCAAGUAUUCUGCCACGCUUCACAAUCGCUUUGGCAAAUGGCGCUAUCCUGGUGGAAAGGAAGGCAAGAUACCGGAUUUUGUAUUCGAUGCUGUGCCGUAUGUAGAUAUGUUGCUCAAAGAUCUCGGGGUAAAUUCAAGGAGGAAAGGUAGCUUCUUGAAGGAAAUUUCGGAGCCUUACGGUGCGGAGGAUUAUAAGGAUGUUGUGCAGGAAUGGAUGGCUAAGGGGAAAAAGGAUUUGUAG